AUGUAUAAAAGAUGUUAUAAUGUUACACAUUUUGGAAGAAUCCAAUCCAAGACCCAAGAUUCCAUAAUUACACAUUCAACAUUAUUAAUUAAUAGUACAAAUAUAUUGAAAAUCACCAAGGAAAAGGUCAAUUUUAUCAUUAAAACGAAUGGAUUAGUUGAUUCCUAUUUCGAAAUUAACAACAAUGAAUUGUUCAUCGAGCCUGUAAUACUGAAUGAAACACUUACCAUAGAAAUUGAUAUAAAUUCGUUAUAUGACUCACUAAACUCAUCAAUUAAAAGCGAAAAUAUUAAAGUUUAUAUUAGAGACGAAGAAUAUAUAUAUAUCAAAUAUAUUGAUUCAGUCUAUAACACAAUUAACAUAAUACUGAAAAUACCAAUAGUCCUAAUAAACAACAACUACGUAAAUUUGCCAAAUGUCCCAUACACCAACUACAAUAUAAAUUUAUCAAAGCUACAAACGAUCUCAUUUUUGCUAAAUUCAUUAAACAAAAUCGGUAAUACAAUAAUUGAAUUUAAUAUAAGUAACAUUUCAAUUCUGAAUGAGAACCUAAACAACUGCAGACUUCAGCUGAGUUCAAUUGGAGCAAUAGUUAACGUCGAAAGUAUAUUUAAUAACUUGCAAAUAUUUACUACGAAACAUUAUCAAAACUCACAAAGCCAAAGGGAAGCUACACCGAGUUCUGCUAACCACACUGACUUCGAAAACGAAAAUACUCCAGUAAAAAUUUUCCUUAAUGUAAACAUACUUAAUAUACUCUUCAAGAGCAUAAUCGAGUCAAAUCUGUACAAUAAGAAUAAGUCGCUAAUAAUACUGACAAUUCCUGAUGAUAACGACGAUAAAUAUAUAUAUAUAAUCAUAUCAAUGAUUCAGGUAAGGAAAUUUAGAAUGACAUGCACUUAG